AUGAGAGAAGAAACGUCAGACCCCACGGCGGGCACCACCUCGACCACACAACAGUAUGCCAUUGGUAUUUCAUUUGGCAACUCCUACAGCUCGAUAGCCCACAUCUCCGGCGAGGGCAAAGUCGAAGUCAUCGCGAACGAGGAAGGCGACCGACAGAUCCCCUCGAUCCUCUCGUACAUCGACGGCGAAGAAUACCACGGCACACAGGCCAAGUCGCAACUGAUCCGGAACAGCAAGAACACCGUUGCCUACUUCAGAGACUACCUAGGCAAAGACUACAAGUCGAUAGACCCUACGCCUGCACAGAACUCAGCACACCCAUUGGAGGCAAAUGGCACCGUCGCCUUUUCGGUGCACGACACCGAGAGCGAGACACCCAACAACGUCUCUGUUUCAGAGAUCGCAACCAGGCACUUGACACGAUUGAAGAACUCAGCCUCUGACUUCUCUGGCAAGACCGUCACAUCCGCCGUCCUCGCCAUUACCACCGACACUAGCGACGAGCAAAAAGCCGCCCUCACAGCCGCCGCGGUCAACACAAACGUCGAGAUCCUCCAGUUCAUCCCCGAGCCCAUCGCCGCCCUGCUUGCCUACGACUCCCGCGCCACCGACGGCCCCAUAUCAGACAAGCUCGUCGUCGUCUGUGACUUUGGCGGCAACCGCUCCGACGUCGCUAUCAUUGCCUCGCGCGGCGGCAUGUACAGCGUCCUCUCCACUGCCCACGACUACGACCUCGGCGGUUCCCAACUCGACACCGUCCUGAUGGACUACUUUGCUAAAGAGUUUGAGAAGAAACACAAAUCCGACCCGCGCAAGGAUCCUCGCGGCCUGGCUAAACUAAGACUUGAGUCUGAGUCCGUGAAAAAGACCCUCUCACAAUCAGCCACCGCGACGUUCUCUGUCGAGUCCCUCGCCGACGGCAUCGACUUCCGCAGCACCAUCAACCGCACGCGCUACGAUCUCCUCGCCUCCAAGACCUUUGCCCGCUUCACGGCCUUGAUCGAAGAGUGCCUCCGCAAAGCCGAGCUCGACGUGCUCGACAUCGACGAGGUCGUCAUGGCCGGUGGCACAUCCCACACGCCGCGCAUCGCAAAUAAUAUCCAGUCUCUCUUUGGUGAAAAUACGACGGUACUCGCUCCCGCGACCUCGACCUCGGCGCUGAACCCCUCCGAGCUAAGCGCGCGCGGCGCCGCCCUCCAAGCGAACCUGAUCCAAGAGUUUGAGAAGGAAGACAUCGAGCAGUCGACCCACGAGAUGAUCACCGUGACGCCACAUCUGAGUAGCGCGAUCGGCGUGGUGGUUAGUGGGCAGCCCGAGGACAGCUUCACGACCGUCAUCCCCCCUGCCACAGCGGCCCCUGCGAGACGGACAAUUACAAUCAGUGCGCCGAAGGACGGUGGAGACGUGCUUGUGCGGGUUGUAGAAGGCGAGCGGGAGAUUGAAGUCACGCAGCCGGAACCAAAAGCACCAAAGGAGAACGGCACUAAGGGUGAGGAUGACUCGGACGGCGAUGAUGACGACUCAGAAGAGGAAGAAGAAGAACCAACACGCUCCAAAGUAUGGCGUUCGAAAAGGACACUGGCGGAAGCGGUCGUGCGGGGCGUGAAGAAGGGCGGGAAGGUGGAGGUUACCGUGCAUGUCGAUGCGGAUAUGAGUGUGGCGGUUACGGCGAGGGAGAAGGGCGGUAAGGGAGGUGUUAGGGGGACUUUGGGGAAGCCGGCUGUCCAGGAGAACGGGCAUGCUUGA